UAUUCUUAUCAAUAUUUCACAGAACAAACUCAAUUCAGUUUACAAUUCCAUAGAGUGAACUGUGAAGUUAUGAGACAAUACUUUGACCUCUAAUAUUUCCAAUAUUCAUUUUUUUUUCAUUUGAAUAUUAUUAGUUUCAUUAAUCACUCAUCAGUCUAACCUUCAAAAUAUUAAACUUUUUCAAUCCAUAAAACCUAUUCCUACAUAAUAUAUUAUUUUUAAAUUACAAAGUAUAAAUUAAUAUGGGUUCCAUGGGUAAGAAAUUGUUUGAACAACUCAAGAGUAAAGAAUUCCGUACUUAUUUAAUGAGUACUCAUUUUUGGGGUCCAAUAGCAAAUUGGGGUAUACCAAUAGCAGCACUAUCGGAUGUUAGAAAAGAUCCUGAACUAAUUAGUGGUAAAAUGACUGGAGCAUUAUGCUUAUAUUCAAUUGCAUUCAUGAGAUUUGCGUGGAAAGUCCAACCACGUAAUAUGCUUUUGUUCGCUUGUCAUGCAACAAAUGAAGUAGCUCAAGUGAUCCAACUUUCAAGAUUCAUUAAUUAUAAUUAUUUAUCUAAUAAAAAGGAUAAAAAAAAUGAAAUAGCUUAAGUAUUCCAUUUUUAAAAUUAUUUAGGUAUACGACAUGUAUAAUUUAUUAUUUGAAUCAAAAUUUCAUUGUGAUAGGCUUCUGUAAAAUGCAUUUAUAGAAAUGCAUAUUAAAUGUAACAUACUGACAUCCACUUGUUACUUAAUACUAUUGUAUACAAAUAUUGACAAUACAACUUAAAUAAUGUAUUCA